UCAAGUUGGUGGCGUUUGCUUAUCAGAAUCGAUGGCUUUUGGAUGUGUACCUGUCAUCAUGUCGGAAUACUAUGACUUGCCAUUCAAUGACAUUCUUGACUGGGAUAAAUUCUCUGUAAUUCUCAAAGAAGACGAUGCUCUCGAACUGGAGAAAAUUCUUAAAUCCAUACCAGAAGGAAAGUACGAGAAAAUGCAUCAAAAUAUUCUUAAGGUUGGAAAGCACUUCAAGUGGCAUUCUCCUCCUGCCAAGUAUGACGAGUUUCACUUGGUUAUGUAUGAGCUGUGGAAGCGCCGCCACAUCAUUAGGUACUGAACCACUGGAAGAUGUCUCAAGUUGUGCGGGCGGUCCGACACCUUUACACCAUUUUAAACAGC